AGUAGUUACUCGUAUUUACUUGUAUCGGCACGUCCCUAAUUCUACUCAUUUUGAGUGCAAUAAUUAAUUACUUGAUACCUAAAUAAAUACAAGAUAAACUGAUGUUAAUACAAAAAAUAAAAACAAGGAGCGGUUAGUCUCGUUAUGAAUAGCAGCAAUGAUAGUAAUGAUACAGGCGCCACCUUUUCGAGGUUGCAAACAAGUGAAACUGGAGCCUAUGUGGCCAACUCAAGUUCACCUGAAGUUCAUAGCUCAAGGACUCAAUAUGCACCAUUAGUUUUGCAUUCAUUGGAAAAUACUAGCAUCACAAUUGAAGAAAAUACAGCGGGGAAUAGAGCAAUUUUGGACUUCUCUAAUGAAACAAACAAUGCGGGGAACAUCAUGGAGCAAUACGCUCGAUUUCUAAGAGACCGAGUGGCAGGAGUAACUAGGAGCCGUUUAAGCAACAUUAUUGCAGUAACAAGAAAUAACGAUCUUUCUCGUCAGAAUGCAUCCGGUGGAGGGACACAGUUGGAUAGCUUCCAUCGUGUUCGAUCGCUUCCUAAUUCACUUGGAAAUUUAAAUAGCUCAUCAACAAUUGAAGUUUCACCAACAAUGGCUACCGCCGAGCACUCUGUUAGGUCUACACACCUUUCUGGUGGACACCUUAUGAAUAAUCAGAAUAUGAUAACUUUGGGUCACGAUUUACAAGGUAAUGAAAACGCCAUUCCUGGCCGAAUAGAUUUACAAAGGAUACCAAUUUUAUCGCCGGGCCAGCACCUGCAUCUAUCACAUUUUCGAAAUAAUGGUGCAAUGAGUGACAUUGGCAGUAUUCCAAGCACAUCAAACUUAAUGAAUCAAACAAAUACAAACGGGGAUCGAAUUAUUGAAGAAGGAAAUAAUUUGGCAGACCAAAUGACAGGGUCCUCUUCCAGUGUAAAUGCCUCAAUUGACAAUGUAACAAGAACCACAGAAGAGUCGGCAACAUCGACAAAUGAAUUAUAUAAUAAUUUUUACCCCGACGUAGUCAUCACAACUCUUCGACAAUGCCUUCACUAUAUACCGUUUGCUUGCAUACUGUUCGUAAAGUUCUUUUAUGACCACUUAUUGGGCAUUUUGGAUAUAAUAAUGUUGCAGUUUGUUAUGUAUUGUGUUAACAAAUCCUUGCAAACGCAAGUUAUAAGACUUGAUCAAAAGAAAAACUCGAUUAUUUUACGAGACUUAUUUCUAGUUGUUGCUGUAGUUACGCUGCGACUGUUGCUCGCUUCAGCGCCGCCUGACCCUUUCGGCCUGCUGAUAGGACCAUCAUCAGAUGAACGUAAUAUCAUUCAUCAAAUAGUGCUUAAUAAUCCCCAAUAUACCAACACAGUGUCUCAAAGCCAACUUCCGGCUACGAUGCAAAGUUCAGUUGAAAGAACAGUUAUAAUACCGAAAUUAAUAUCUCUAGAAGCGAUACUCUAUUAUAUAGCUGUCAAUGAUCUGGUUCUUAAAUUGUUCACUAUUGCUAUAAAAUUACUUGUUACUUUAAUACCUCUACAUUCAAUAAGACACAAGCAAAGGACGCGCUUGUAUGUCUUCAUGGAAUUUUUCUCACAAUUCUACCGCUCGCUGGUUCCCAUCCGGCAGUGGUUAUUAUUCCUCUUUGAAUCUUAUUCUGGCCUACAUGCUAUUUCAGGUGUUAUGUUUUCUUCUACCUACAUAGUACUCAAAGGAUGUGAAUUGGCAGACCGGGGAAAAUCUCUAAAGAAAUCUUUUAUUAAUCUACUAAAAGAUGUGGAUAAAUCAAGACGACCGGCGAAAGAUAAUUUCGAUACUUCCGACGAGGUUUGCGCCAUUUGUCAAGACACUUACGUCUCACCGGUGGUUUUGGAAUGUGGACACAUUUUCUGUGAUAAUUGUGUAACCACAUGGUUUAAACGCGAGCAAACAUGCCCCAUGUGCCGCGCAAAAGUGGGAGAUAACCUUGCCUGGCAUGACGGCUCCACAUCGUUUUUCUAUCAGCUUUAUUAAGUAGGCUUACUCUUAUUAUAAGUUAAAAGUGAAGUAUCAUACAAUAUUAGAGCCUGAAGUAAGGUUUAUUUAAAUAUUCA